AUGGCUCCUCCUAGCCCUAUAUUCACUCCUAACAAUGGGAAGUAUCUUGGCCCUGAGGAAUUCUCUGCUAGUCUCGAUGACUACGUCAACCCAAAUGCCAAUGUCUUUGAAGAACAUCAUUCCAGUCUUUGCUACACGAACUCACCAUCCUUCUUUGAUAACGCUGUCUGCAGUUAUGACGAUUCGUCGAUUACACAGGAGGAUUGUUUCGGUGCAAGGAUCGUCCACCAAACUGAGACCGAUAUUGACUCGGAAGAUAGAAGCCCCAGUUGUCAUGUUGAGGAAGACUCGAAUCUCGAUGGCCCAGAGUCUUCCAACACAAAUCCAACUCAUCCUAUUGGACUCUUCUAUCCUCUCGCGCUUGUUGGCUCAACUAUUGAUCCUAAAAUUCUCUCCUCUAAUGGUUCAGCGGGCUUUGAAACCCACAUCAAGCCUGACGCAACUGAGGGCCUGCUGUUGCAAACAGAAUCUACUUCUGCUGACAGAAAAAUCAUGCAGGAUCAGAUCAAAGCUGAUUUUGAUGUGGAGAUGCUUCAAGAUGCCAUGGCCAUCCUCAAGCUCCAAAAUCUCACUGUCUCGAGUAAGCAAGAUCAAGCUUGCCUCAAUAAAGACAUUUCUAUAAUGAUGGACAAAUGGGCGACACAGGAAUUGGCGGAUAGUCUCUCGGCCCUAGAGGACCAGUCUACUGUUGGCGGUAUAUACAAACUUCACCAACUUUUACUGUCUCUCAUCAAAGACUACCUGAAUAAGGCGACCUCUGAUUUCCUUCCACGAGCAUAUCGAAGUCUUCCUGUGGUGGACUCGGACCUGACUUAUACUGAGCACCCACGGCUUGAGGGACGGUUUAACCUGGAUCGUCUUGACAAACCUGGACGAAACCUUCUUUUCUGGGCUUUCUUAAGACACGAGUUGAUGAGCAAGGUUCGCCUUUACUUCGCGAUUGUCGAUCGUAGCUAUAGGCCUCCAGUGGAAUUGAGUCGACGAGGAGGUCAUAAGUUUCUACCAUGGGAGGACGAAGCCAUCCGGUGUGUUCAUGCCUAUAUACAGACUUUGUAUACAGCCUUCUUUUCUGAGUGGUCUGGAGUUGCGGUACCGGAUCAAGCACCCCUGGGACUUGGACGCUCCAGCAGCAUAGUCUGCGAGACGACCCAAUGGGUAGAAGCACUCGCAUACGACAAGUCGGUGUGCGCCACGGUCGCAGCAAGACUACCGAAUUAUGGCCUACAACCAAUCAUGAGCCUCGUGGAUGAGAGACAAAAGCAGCAAGGUCCAGUAGCUUCAAUUGAACCUGCAUUGUCUCUUCUCAGAGAUGCACGCUGCGGUUGUGAUUACGGACGUGCCCAUAGGGAAACCAUUUCGGGCAAUCUUGAUAGAAAGAAUGGUUUAGUCCCAGAAUUAUGGAUGAGCAUCGUACUUCGUCAUGGCACUCCUCGCAAUUAUACACAAGAGAAUCUUACCCUACUCCGACAGCGCGCAUGGGUUUUCUUCUGGGGUUCUCCAGCUCACCCUCAGCGCGAGGCUUUACUCAACAUAUCGCAGGACGCACGUAAUGUAUUAUCCGUCCUGAAAGGAUGGGAACGUUCUUUCUUUCAAGAAGGGGCCACAAGUGCAGAUCUGAAAGAGAUACAUGAGGUUCAUGUUUAG